AUGCGUCAACAACGUAGCAGAAGCAACAGUGUGGACCGGUCUUCACGGAGACGGUCCCGAACCCAGGCUGUGUCCACCUCACACCCAGCAAGGCGCAGCCACAGCCUUCACCGCGCCACAACACCGACACACCGAAGCCCCCCGACAGCAAGCUAUCCAGAAACCCACAGCAACUCCCAGGGACGGCGGCCACAAAGCCCUAGUCCCAAGCGUCGAAGCCGCCGUCGACAAUGGCCCAGCCACAGCCACAGUCCCAAGCCCCUGGGCCGCCGCCGCAGCAGAAGUCACCCAGGGGCAGAUGGGGUCCAUCACCACUGGUUCAGCCACAGCCCAAGGGGCCGCAAGAAGAAAGGCCGACGAGGAAAGAGCUACAGUCCCAGGCGGCCUCCAUGGAUGAGCCACAGCCCUCGCCGCCCCCCUUGGAUGAGUCGCAGUCCCCCGGACGCCCGCCACCGUCGCAGCAGAAGUCGUCGCAAGUCUCGCAAGAGGAAAGAGAGCACCAGUUCCCCUCGUCGUCGCCGCCACUGGUUCAGCGACAGUCGCAGCCCGCGACCCAGUAGGAAGAAGCGCAGCCGCAGUUCACGGCGGAAGAUUAGCCACAGUCCACCACACCGUCGCCGACCACCAUGGCUCAGCCCACGCCCUCGCAGUGGUAGCCCGCACGGGAAACGCCAUUGGUUCAGCCCCAGCCCACGCCGUGAUCGCCGACCGCCUCCUAGGAGUCCCCGCCGGCGAAGGGAUGCAAAGAAGAGUCGCAGCCCACAGCCAAGAGCCAGCAGUCGUCUGAAACCAGAGCGACGGCACUGGUUCAGCCCCUGCAGUUACGACGCGGACCCGCAAAACGCGCCGCCGUGCCCCACGCAGGAGCUAUAG